CUCUGCUGGUUGGUGUGAUAUCGCGCGCUCCAAAACAAACCACGUGUUGCGCAUAAGCGGUUGCGCAGAGGAGCACAUGUCAUAUCGUGGAUGCUAUGACAACGGACACAGAAAAAGAACGCUUAUUUAUUGAAGUUUCAACAAUUUUGUUACAUGGAGAAUUUGUUUUCAAAAGGAUAAUCGUGGAACGCAGCCAUGAACUUUGAUCUGGAUGACCCGCUGGAAGGCCUUCUCAGCGAUGGAAGCAACGAUAGUUUGUUCGGUAACGAGAAUGCAAAGGCGUCGAAGAAACCCGCCGCGACCAGCAAACCGGAAGUUAAGCAGUCCAAGAUGGAAGGUUUGUUCGGCAUCAAAUCUGAUGUUCCAAGGGCGGAGGCACAGAAACUGGCUACAAGUACCGCAACUGCUACGAGCGAAAAGGAUGGACAUUCCUCGCUGGACUUCACGAAACCCACUGCUUCCGGUCAACCGUCAAGUCUGACGAGCUUCCAGACGAGGAGAACGAGCACCCCUGUGAAGAAGUCGGAAAGUGUGCAAAAGAAAGAGAUUACGUUUGACGAUAGUGAUGUACUGUCCGAUCUUGGAUUUGAUCCGAAGAAACCUAAGGGUAAAUCAAAUAUAUUGGACGACAUACAUGGUGGACCGAUAAUAACGACGAGCAAGGAAAUCACAUCUAAGCAGAGCAAAGCUAAGCAGUCCCUUGGUGUGGGCAAGGAGGAGACUGCCGGCAGUAAGUCUAUUUCGAGGCAGUCGACGGAAACAUCGGAGAACCUUCAAACCGAAAGCACAAUUAUGGGAGGUUAUGCGCCCAGUGGUGGAGGGGGUCCGCGAAGAAGUGCAAGAAGGAAGUCGUCAACAGCUUUGCAUGAUCCUCUUGGAUUGUUUUCGAUGCCAACAGAAGCGAAGAAAGAAACAAAAUCGAGCAAGAAAAGUGCGGAUUGGUUAGGGUUGAAUGACGAUGCCAGCUCUUCGAAUGACCCCGAACCGAUUCCGAUUCCCAAGGUUGAGCCUGACGUCCCCAAGCAAGUGGAAGUUACAAAGCCGGCAGCCCCGGUUCCGCAACCUGUCGCCUUAUCUACUCCAAUUCAGAUCACUACAAUUGUACCCACAAUUGAGCCGGUCCAGAUUCCUUUGACUGCCAUGUUAAAGCCGGACAUUGCAACUGCGGCGCAAACGAUGGAACUUCUAAACAACGACACUCAAGUUGCUCUCAACACCAUGCAGCAGCAGGAGUUUCAGCUGAUGGUAGCAAAGCAGAUGAGAAGUCAAGAACAGGCAUUGCUAGAAAUGCAGCAGAAGCAGCAAUCAAUUUUGCAAAGGCAGGAGUCUCAGUUCAAUGAGUUGUUGCACAAACAGAUUCAACGCCACAAUAUGCUUGAAGAAGUUAUAUCAAAACAACAGGAGCGCAUCAACAGCAACAUACAGGUCAUGAUGACUCAACCGCCACAGAUUCCACCGCUUUUGAUAGAUCGGGCGAAUGAAAAAAGAGUAGAAGAAGCAGAAGAUGCUGGUAAUGAACAUGAAAACGUUUUGAAUAAGGUUGAACUGAAAGCUGAUCUCAAGCGGUUGGAGUUGGAGAAACUACGAUUGGAAGAUUUGAUAUCUAACAUCACUGCCAAUCACGAACAGGAAAUCACUAUGCUGGAACAGAGCUACCGGAAGCAGAUGGGAUUCCUGGAUGAGAGUUUGAAGAUUAUGGAGUCCAGAAUGAAGACGGAAAACAAGAAUUUGGAGGAGUUCUACAAAGGCAAACUGGAUAAGCUGGAAGAUGAAAAACAGCAACUGAUUACUGAACAUAACGAGAUGGUGCAGACGAUGGAAGAAGUUCAUCGUAAGAUGGUAGAAAAGAUGAAGUUGAAUUAUGAGGAAAGCUUGGAAAACUUCAAAAGUGAACAUAAGGAAAUGAUCAACAACAUUCGGGAGUCAAAAAUGUUGGAAUUUUCUGUACUUCAGGAUAACCAAUCGUACAUGAGCAUGCUCAAAAGUGCUUCCCAAUAUCUGGAGAACGCGUCCGGAGAUUUACAACAACUUAGAGAUACACUUCACGAACAAAUUGAGUUCACCCAGAGGGAGAAAAACAUUCAACUGAAGGCGAGGGAAAAGCAGCUGGAAGAUCAACAGCGAAUAAUGGAGAGGACCAAGGAAGCAACCGAAGCGGAGAAAUCACGUUUGCUUAAUCUUGUGGAAAUGCUGGAGGGAAAACUCACUGAACUCACUAAGACUGCUUCCGAAGAACAUUGGAGCCAUCAGCAGAAGUUGAUCAAGUUGGACUCGGAAAGACAAGCAUUCGAAAAGGAGAAGGAAGCGGCUCGUGAGCGCAUCGCACGGGAUGAGAAGCGAAUCGACGAACUGAAGCAGCUCCAGCUUGAAGAACAUUCUCGUUUGAUGCAGAAAAUUCAGGAUGAGAAGACACUUCUCCAAGAGGAAAAAGCCAAAAUUGAAACCCUCUCGAGAAUUCAGAAGAAGGACCAACGGGAAAUUUCUCGAGCGGAAAUCGAUGUAGCUAUCAAGGUAGCAGAAGAUGCAGCCAAACAAGCGGACGUCGAACGAGAGCGGCUACUGCAGCUGCAACGUCAGUUUGAGGCCAAGCGUCGCGAGCUAAUCAACCAGGAGAGUCAACUGAGAACCAAAUCAAGCGAGCUGGAAACUGCCAUCAAUGGUGCCAAAUUGAAGGAGCUGAAUGCGGAGAACGCUUUCAAGAGCAUCAAGCGGGCAGAGCAAAACCUGCAGAUGAAGAUACAGCUCGUACAGCGACAGUUUAGGGAAAUUUCCGAGCGAGAGGAUCGGUUGUCCAAGGACAAGAUCGAACUCAGUAAGGAACGUUUGGAGCUGCAAUCAAUGCGGAAACGGUUGCAAUCAACCCGAUGUAGUUUAUGUAAGAUCGGAGAACGGUCGCAGGAAAUAGGCGAUUAUUUAACAACGGUCAACAACACUGAGUCAGUGGCAGAUGAUCGAAAGAUAGAGGCAAGUUUCUUUGAAAUGCAACAGCAUCGCGACCAUGGAAAGUUGGAUCAAUUCUUUGAUGGAGAUGUGGGAAGGCAACUGCAGAGCUUUUUGGAGAGGAACCGAUUGGACGAUGUAGGCGUAGAAAAUGGGAAUAUUGCGCAGAAUAUAGCACAAAAUGAAGACGGAACGAUUGAUACGGAUUUGUUGUUGUUGAAGUUCGAUGUUUUGAAGUCCCAGAACUUUUUCGAUCAUGGCGGUGAAAAAUAACUGAGGAAUUAUUUGUUAGGAAAACGAUUUAAAUUCAGUUUUUAAUACAAUAAGCAUUUUAUGAAAUAUAUCUUUUGAAAGU